AUGUCAAAUACUCCAGCGAGCUUUAGUUAUCUCACAACUUAUGGUCCUUCAAGAGCUGCCUCUUACUCACCUGUUCCCUCAGAACACAGUCUCGCGCUUGAUGAGGAGGUCAGAUUAUAUACCAAUAAUAAAGACAGAGAAAAAUACGAGAAUUUAGCAGAUUUAUAUGCUAUUAUUGUAACAAUGGAACAUUUGGAGAAAGCAUAUGUUAGAGAUUCUGUCACUGCUUCCGAAUAUACACAAGCUUGUGCGCAAUUAAUAGCACAGUACCGAACAGCACUUAAUUUAGUAUGUGAUUCCAUAACGGAUGUGGAAAAGUUUAUGGAAAAGUUUAUAAAAGAAUAUAAGUUAGAGUGUCCAGCGGCAGUAAAUCGAUUCAAAAUAGGGGUGCCCGCCACAAUCGAACAUCCCACCGGUGCUGGACAUGAUACCAGUAAAUUUGCACAAUACGUUGCUGAAACGGUUCAUCAUUUGAUUACUACUAUGGAUGCACUAAAAUUAGGUAUGAAGGCUGUGGACUAUAUACAUCCUUUGCUUGGUGACUUAAUGCAAAGUUUAAACAAAGUUAGUUCGUUACCUGCUGAUUUUGAGGGUAAAGCAAAGAUUAGAAAUUGGUUAAUUAUGUUAAAUGGAAUGAAGGCCAGUGAUGAACUUAACGAAGAACAAGUUCGACAAUUAUCAUUUGAUCUUGAAAGUGCCAAUAACGCGUUUUAUCGUUCUCUUUCUGAUAAGAAUUAA